AUGACCUUGGCUGGAAGGAUGCUGAACGAAGCGUGCGAGACGCAAAGCCAACAAGGCCUGGUGUCCGCCAUCCAUUGCACCGAUAAUCUUCCUCACAUGCACUUCGAGAGCCGGAAAGAUGUCCUCUUCAAUGAGCUGCAGCUGGAGCUGGCCGCUUUAGGCUUCUCCAACUUGAAGUUGGCUUGGAAGCAUGAUGUAAAGCCGGAGGAGAUUCAAGGAGCCUCUGGCUACAUCAUCUCCCUGAGCAUCCUCAUCGAGGUAUCUUGGGACGGUCUAGAAAAGCCGGCAGCGGAUGACACCAAAGCACCACGGGGCGGCACGGCAGGGACUUGUGCCAUUUGUGGUGAAUCGCGCCGCAUCGUCGUUUUGGCACCCUGCGGCCACGUGAUGUGCAGCAAGUGCCGGCAGAAGCAGAGCAGCCGCUCCUGCCCAUUUUGCCGCCAGCCAGUGAGAUGUGUCACGAACGGCCUGUUCCUGAACUGA